CUCCCACCUCUUGGCUGAGCGGCCGGCACGUGAUCAGCGCUUCGGCCAGUUCUCCAAUGGCAGUUGGAGGAAAGCUGGAGGAGGCGCCCUCGAGCAAUCUGAUAGGUGAAAAGUGACCCAAUAGGGAGCAGGCGCGGAAUACGAGAGAGCGUGAGAGAAAGAGAGACGGUUGUGUCUCGAGCUGGCCUGAGGCGCUUGAAGGAGGACUAGCGGCUCUACUAUUGUGGUCGUUAUGAGGCGACUAACUAGGCCGCAAGGCUCCGAGUCGCCUCUGGAGCCGUCUCUGCAGUGGUGCGUCAGCCCGGUGCUUCAGGAAGACCUAGGCCGGGCCGCGCGUAAGUCUCCUGACUCGGCUACGCCCAGCGCUCUCUACCACAGCGCCUUUGCCCAGGAGUGCGAGGCCGUUGCCUUCCAGCUGAGCAACGCUGCGAAGGGGGUUCCGCCCCGGUGCCCCUUAACUAUUCAGGAAGAGACGCUGACCCCGCUGGAGCUACCCUGCUCUUUCUUAGACAGCCCCGCCGGCCGUUCCCCCCCUCUGACUGUCCCCGAGUCCACCUCUGCUAGCGCUGGCCCUCCUGAUCCCUUCGCAACCUUUUCAUGCAGUGAGCAGAGCACGGGGCUAGCAGGGAUUUCUCUUGGCGUAGUAGCCCAGCUGGCGGUUGCCCCAUCUCCUGCCUUGGGCCAGGCAGGGGUGUCAUCGGGGCCUGAGUUGGAGAAGGCAUCGCCGCCACCUACUAGGGCCAAUGUCACAUACGAGUGCGACGGCUCCGGUAAUUCUGCCAACACAACUUACAUCUGCAUUGGGUCCCCCUCGACGGGGGAGAAGGAGACGCCUGCAGACGCAGCCUCCGCCCAACCUGCCUUUGAGGUUUGUAAGCGGGAACUGCCCUUCGUCACGUCAACACCAUUGAUGGCGCCUUCCCUUUCAAAAGAUGCAUCUCCUACAACUUCGGAUACAGGAUGUCUCCAGAAGCGUGCAGCCUCCGAGCAGAAGCCGCCGGCAGACCUGCAGCAGGAGUCUGGGGUCACCUUUGUUUCCAGCCAGAGAGGCCUUCCUGCUGCUGCCAACAGUGGGACUGACCGGGUGCCUCAUGUGUCGGGCAAGGCUCCCUUUGCCAAGAAAAGUUUGUCCCUUGGUGGCCCUGGAGCCCUUAGAACUCGAGGGGCUCUGGGCAUAGGAGGCCUUCCCAAAGGCACUGGUACAACAAGGAAAAUUCCACAGCCAGCUGGAAGAAAUUGCACACAGAACUUUGUUAUACCACUAACCAGAUCAGGAUCAGCUGUGCAGAGCCAGCCCAUUACCCAGAAACUCUUAUCUGAUGAGAUAACAAAGACAAAUCUGACAGAACUGCCCUGCAAUAAGAAGCCCCCGAUUUCCAUGCAACCUCCUUCCAAACUUGCUGUUAGAUUUGGAGUUCAAGGGUCUCUAGCGUGUCUCGGUCUGAAGCUUCAUGGUACAUCAAGAGAUAAUAAUGCUUCGGGAACAAGGCUUCCAGUUUUUACAGGCAACAAGGUAACAGCUAAGACUUCAAGUCAAAAGCGUCCGUGGAAGAAUCUAUCUGAGAAAGCUACUGCAUCCCCCGUGAAACAACCAUUUCCUAAACGAUCCCGUCUGUGCAAAAAUCAGAAAGAGACACCCAUAUGUAGUCUGAUGGUUGUUGGACAGAGCCCAAGUGCUACUCUGGAGAAGGAACUCACUGCACCUUGCUUACAGUGUCAAUGGCUGGCUGAAGAGAACCAGCAUUUGAAGAGCAUGUUAGAAACAUGUCGAAAGACUAUUGCUUUUCUGGAAGGAAAGCAAAGUGUGGUAGAAAAUGAAAACUGUCCCCCUCAGACAGAAGCUACAUGAAGAUUCUUCAGAGUUCCUCUGUCAAACUAUACAAAUGAAGCUUCUUAAACGAAGGAUACUGAUGGAUAUUUGCUAAUGGACAGAGCCCGUCUUUGUAGGCAGUAAGAGUGUAAUAAAUUUAAUAAAAUGAAGUCUUGUUGUAAAAUAA